AUCACGGUUGAGCGAGACGUAACUGAAUCUGAAAAUAACGUCCGUAUGAGCAAACCGGCGUCGUAUGACGUAUCGGUAACUAGCGGCAGUGUUCCGUACGACUCCGUGUAGGGAACGCGCGAAAUGCGUCCCUCGUUAUUAUAUUGUGCGGCGAUUCUCGCGCUUUCCAACUAUGUGCACAGUGCUCGGAUUCUCGGACUUUUCCCUCACACGGGCAAAAGCCACCAGAUGGUCUUCGAACCGCUUCUCCGGAAGCUAGCGGAAAGGGGUCACCAUGUCACAGUGGCUUCCUUCUUCCCGCUCAAAAAUCCACCAGCUAACUACACGGAUAUCAGCUUCGAAGGUAUCGCGACGCUUGGAUUGGAGUCUUUCGACUUGAACUGGUACGAGAACCCAGACAUAAUUCUUCGGCUACCGAUGAUAGGACGUUUGGUGAAGCAACUGAACGAUUUCCAUCCACUAGCUGGUAUGGCUUUGAAGGUGUGCAGCAAGGCGGUCGACUGGCCACCAUUGUCUGAAGCCCUGGAGAAAGAUUACGACGUAGUGUUUGUGGAGAACUUCAACAGUGAUUGCAUGCUGGGUCUUUUACAUGUGCACGGCAUAAAUGCACCGGUCAUUGCCUUGCUAUCGAGCAACUUGAUGCCAUGGUCCGCUGAUCGGAUCGGAGUUACCGACAACCCCUCAUACGUGCCUGUGAUAAGCACCGAUUACCAUUCACGCAUGCCAUUCUGGGAGCGAAUGGAGAAUACGUUUUUGAAAAUAUAUCACAAGCUAUGGUUCCGUUACCUGGUGCAGGUUAAGGAGCAGGAGAUAAUAGAGAAGCAUUUUGGCAGGAAAAUUCCUGACUUGGAGGAUCUUGGCAGAAAUAUUUCCCUGAUGAUGUUAAACACCUAUCACGCAUUGAAUGGUCCGGCGCCACUCGUACCUGGACUCUUAGAAGUUGGAGGGAUGCAUUUGGAUCCAACUAGAAAAGUUAUCCCAGAGUACAUCGAGAGGUUCCUGAACGAAUCCGAGCAUGGCGUGGUCCUGUUUAGCUUCGGCUCUCUCAUACGGACUGCCACUUUGCCGAAAUACAAAGAAGACAUCAUCGUGAACGCUUUGUCCAAGUUGAAGCAACGUGUCAUUUGGAAAUACGAGGACAGCGCUGAAGAGGGAAACCUCACUGGGAAUAUCCUGAGAGUUCGGUGGCUGCCGCAGUACGAAUUACUUCAACACAAUAAAGUCUUCGCGUUCAUAGCCCAUGGAGGUUUGCUCGGCAUGACGGAGGCGGUUUCCGCUGGCAAACCGAUGGUGGUGGUGCCAUUCUUUGGGGACCAGCCAGCUAACGGCGCCGCGGCCGCUGCUGCGGGCUUCGCUAAAGUGGUACCAUACUAUGAUCUGAGCGAGGAGUCACUUACUGAUGCAAUCCAGAGCGUGUUGAGUGCAGAAAUGCGCUUGAAAGCACGACUCAUCUCCAAAAUUUGGAAGGACAGAGAAUCUUCUCCGCUCGACACGGCCGUGUUCUGGACAGAGCGUGUGAUCCGAUGGGGUCAUGCGGCCCCCCUACACACUGCAGCAAGGGAACUCUCCUUCUACGAACUGGCGUUACUUGAUGUCGCAGCGGCUUAUAUAGUAGCCCUUAUAAUCAUACAUAUUAUUCUGUGGUAUAUUUUGUCAAAGAUAGCAAAACUAUUUGUUAAAGAGCCUAAACAGAAGAUGCAUUAAUAUGGACGCAUACUCACCUAAAACGUUGCCUAGUUUACUGUGCACCUCUGCCCCAUACGAUUAUCCGCUUGCAGGAAAUUGCAACGCUAAACCAACGCGUAUAGCUAUAAUCCGCAACGGGGUGCACAGUUGCGUAAAGACUAAAGGCUCAAAUCAGCUCGCCUUUUAAUCGGUCAAAACACACCCUAAAAGAUAUUUAAGAAUUUACAUAGUGACUUUUAGUACAAGAUUGGCUUGCUCGCAGUCGAGCAGUCGUUUACGCAUACCUUUCAAACUCUAUAUCAUCAAUGUAUGAUGGAUAUAAUUUCUAAUUUCUAACAAAAAGUGUGUGACUGGUUUUUGAUAUACAAACGUUCUGUCAAAAGCCCGAGCCAAAGAAUUGUAGGCAAAUUUGAGCUAUAGUGCAAUGCAAAUGAAAUCUAUUCAAGUAUUUCCAUACUCGAAAACAAAUCCUCGAUUGAUCGCGAGCAAAUCUUGUACGUAGGCUACUGAUACUGAAAUAACGUAAUUAUACAGUCUCCAGGUGAAGACUGUAUAAUAAAUUGAUCUGGAGAUGAUAUUUAUAUAUUCCUAGUAGGGGUGCUUGUGCAUUACAUCCAAUCUAAAUUCGGGUAUAUGCGAGUGACUUUUUUUUCGGCCACGUCUGAAUUUUUGUGUAUAGUGGAUACGACCGUAAAACGUAGUUCAGAUUGGGCGACGAUAAGCUAAACCAUAAAUAUCCGCUUAGCUAAACUGUAACUUUUUAAAAGCCAAGUAUGCUAUUUAUGUAUACCUCGAUGGGUCGAUUGCGAACAUGCGAUUAUAACAUUGCAAUUAUCGCAUUUGUUGUUAUUGGUUGAAUUUAUAAUUAUCUGACUCAUAUUGCUUAUUUUAGCCAAUAGUAGAACAGUGUCAGCCAAUCAAAACCUUUGCUGCUAAGACAUUCUAUGACAAUAAAGCUCAAAGCCAUUGCCCCUGUAAUUUGGACUAGGGGACAAACUUAUUUGGGCUAGCCAUAAAUCAUGUUGUUUGGCCGUCCAUAUAAAAUGGCUGUAGGUCGGCUAUAGUAGAAUGACAGCGGCAAUUUGAUAAUUUGGUAUGAUUUGUGGCUAAUACGAUUCCACUAUUGGUUAACACACGCAAUUUGUGUGUAACUAACGUAAAUUUAGCCAAUGUCGAUACAGGAAUGUGAUAAUACCUAGUUUCGAAUGUAACCGUAACAACCAUUUGACGUUUUACUACUUAUAGGUAGAAGUGCUAAACAGCUUUCUGUAAACUUUAAGUGUUAAGAAUAUGAAAUAAUAUAUUAACAGUGGUGCUUCAACAGGUGCCAGAGAAAAGAGAUCUUUUUAUAUAUUGUAAACAAUUGUUAGUAAUGAGUCAUGAAAAAUAUCUUGUUGUCUAUUUUUAGUUUGUUGAUGAUAAUGUUUAACGGUGAUAAAAGACAAUUUUAGUUUUUUAAAAUAGCAAUAGCGACGUUAUGCGUAGUUUUAUUUAUUCUUUUACAAUGGCGUAAUGGUAGCAUUUUAGAGCCCAAGCACUAUGGUAUUCUCUAUGCUCAGAAUAAACACAAAUUUUUAAGCUUUUAAAACUGACAGAGCCUGUGUCCAGAGGUAUAUUUAGGCAGAUAAAUACUAAAACACUUGAGUCCGGAGUAGAAAUCUCCCUACCGCAUUUACGAAAUUCGUCGGACUAAUAGUAAAUGUGAAAGCCGCUUUACUUACUAGCUUAGGUAGCUGGUUAGCAAGUCCAGUUGGAGAAAAAUUUAAAGAGUAGGACCAGUUAUGCCGAAGAAAGAGAGCGCCAAUUAAAUUCAGUCUUAACUAAUGGACCUGACUUAUAUUUGGCUAGUUAUCUAGACAUAAAGCCAAACGCCAAGCGAGUGUUCAAUAUUUUGACGGCCGAUUGGCGCAGUUUGCAGCGACCCUGCUUUCUGAGCCCAAGGCCGUGGGCUCGAUUCCCACUAC